AUGGCCGAUUUCUCAGUCGAGUCGCCUUUGGCGGCUCAGCUCCAGCAAGUCGUGCAACCCAAGUUGGCCGAAUUCGGGUGGACGACGGGCGGCGACGACACGACGCUGUUCGACUACAUUCUCCUGAUGCUGGCCAACGACAAGAACGAGACACAAGUCGCGCAGGAACUCUCGAGCGAUCUUCUUGACUUGGGCCCGGAAAACACAGAGACACAGCAAUUUGCGCAAUGGCUGUUCGAACAGAUCGAGGUGUUGAAGCGACAAUUAGGUGGCGGCGAUGCACAGAACGCGCCAGCCAACGACGAGCAGAUGAACAGCGCAUUAGAUGACGGUUCUGCGCCAACACAAGACACUGACAUGGAGGGCGUAGACUCGGCAUCUGGCACACUCAGUCCCACCGGCCCACGCGCCAUGCGCAACGGCAGCGGCUCACAAGCAGCGCGUCCUGCACGCGGCGGCCGCAUGCUCAACCAAAUAAACAGAAACAUGCGCAGCGACGACGCCUUACAUCGUGUCCGAGGCGGUGGUGGCGUUGGAAGAAUCAACUCACAUGCCGGUGCCCCACCGAGAGGUCCCCGCGGACAAAACGUCGGACGCGGUAUGGAAGCCAUGGCGAAUGGCCGUGGCAUGGGCAACGCCAACCUGAACAUGGGCGCGGGCAUGAACGCUAUGCCUAUGGGCGGUAUGCCAGGGAUGCCUCAAAUGGCCUCUCAAGGCGGCAUGGCCGGCGGCGGUCUCAACCCGCAGCAGCAGAUGGCGCUGAUGCAAAUGUACGAGCAACAAGCCCAGAUGAUGCAGCAGAUCUUCUCAGGGGCUACGCCAGGUGGAUUCGUCAAUCCCAACUUCAAUACGAACGGUCGCGGUGGCAAGAAGUCGCUCCAGUCACGCAUGGACCGACCGCACCGUGGUGGUAUGCACGCAUCCACCAAGUUCACAAAGAAGGAGGGCCAGGACGAGACCAUGGGAGACGCUGCGGCCGGCAAUGGCGACGGCAUGGAGGUUGAGACAGCCCGCCAAGAGCCUUCCUCGACCAUGUGCAAGUUUAACCUGAGGUGCUCCAACCCAGACUGCCACUUCGUCCACCAAUCGCCCGCUGCACCACCCGCCACACCUGUCGACAUGAACGAUACGUGCGACUUUGGCGCCGCGUGCAAAAACAAGAAGUGCGUGGGCAAGCACCCGUCACCAGCACAGCGCCAGAAGUUCCAGUCAGAGCAAGAAUGCGCCUUCUGGCCCAACUGCCGCGACCCUGAGAACUGCCCGUACAAGCAUCCCACCGAGCGGCCUUGCCGCAACGGCGGCGACUGCGCUGUCACAGAUUGCCCGUACUACCACACAACGACCAAGUGCAAGUUCAACCCCUGCUUGAACCCCCGCUGCACGUUCAAGCACGAGCCCGGACAGAAGAAGAACACAACCAACAAGUGGGUCGCCCAAAAAGAAGGCGACGGAAAAGAGCACGUUAGUGAGAGGAAGUUUGUGGAUGAAGAUAUGCCGGAAGAGUCCAUCAUCCCUGGCCAAACACCAAUGAAUGAGAGCGUGGAUGUGCAGUCAUAG